UUUUCCCGGCCGGCGGAUGACAAUUGAAUUUCGCCGCGGCAGCACACCCAACGCCCCUGCAGCCAACCUGCGGUUAUACUACUGAAGCCGGAGGAAGAGGCAAACUAUGAACGAGGAUGAUUUCUGCUAAGAAAACUCCGGAGAAGAGUCGCUAUCCUCUCCACUAUCUGGUGUGGCACAACAAGCACCGGCAGCUGGAAAAAGAGCUGACAGCCAACGAGGAGACUGAUUUAGAGUCUUUGGAUCCCCGGGGUCGAACUCCUCUCCACUUGGCUGUCACACUGGGCUACCUGGACUGUGCCAGAGUUCUGCUGCAAUAUGGAGCUGAUGUCAGCAAGGAGAAUCGGAACGGCUGGACUGUUCUUCAGGAGGCAGUGAGUACUCGAGAUCCGGAGCUGGUGCGCCUUGUACUGCGUUACCGUGACUACCAGAGGACCGCCAAGAGACUGGCGGGUAUCCCCGUCCUGCUGGAACGACUGCGCCAAGCCCAGGACUUCUAUGUGGAGAUGAAAUGGGAGUUUACUAGCUGGGUGCCCCUCGUGUCUCGAAUCUGCCCUAGUGACACCUAUAGAGUUUGGAAGAGUGGUCAGUGUCUCCGCGUUGACACGACUCUCACCGGGUUUGAGCAGAUGACCUGGCAGAGAGGAAAUCGGAGCUUCAUCUUCAGGGGGCAAGACUCCAACGCAGAGGUGAUCGAGGUCGACCACGACAGGCAGCUGGUGUACUGUGAGACCUUGUGCGUCUCGUCUCUGGCGGCGCUUUCACCCGGUCGGGGAAAAGGCGGCGCCUGCAGCAAUACACCUGCCGGUUUAGGCCUUCUUGGGGGGACGCAGCCCAGUGAUGAGCAGGUGGCCGCCCGCCUGUCUGCCGCUGUGGUGACAACUCAGCUGGACACUCGCAACAUCGCCUUUGAGAGGAACAAGACAGGCAUUCUGGGCUGGAGGAGCGAGAAGACCGAGACUGUGAACGGAUAUGAAGCCAAGGUAUAUGCCGCCUCAAAUGUGGAGCUUAUCACCAGGACCAGAACUGACCACCUGUCAGACCAGAACAAGAACAAGAUUAAAGGUGGGAAGACUCCCCUGCAGAACUUCCUCGGGAUUGCAGAGCAACACAUGGGCCCAAACAACGGGGCCCUGGUGACCCAGAUGUCAACCCCGGCGGUGACCAACCCUGCGGCGCUGAGCGCUGAGGAAUACUUCAACCCCGGCUCUUCCCCUACGUUGAGGGAUAUCGGCCACCCGUGCCAACUCACCACCAAGACCCAGAGAUUCAAGGCAAAGCUCUGGCUGUGCGAGACCCAUCCUCUUUCGCUAGCAGAACAAGUGGCACCUAUCAUCGACCUCAUGGCCAUUUCCAACGCCUUGUUUGCCAAGCUGCGGGACUUCAUCAUGCUGCGCUUGCCGCCAGGCUUUCCCGUCAAGAUCGAGAUUCCGCUCUACCACAUCCUGAACGCCAGGAUAACCUUCAGCAACUUAAACGGCUGUGAGGAGGGGUCAAGCGUGCGGCCUGACAACGAAGCCGGGGUGGAAGGCGGUGGACAAAGAUACACCCUAAGGGCGGACACGCCCUCGCCUGGCAGCGACUCCUCCAGUGUCUCCAGCUCCAGCUCCACCAUGUCGUGUCGAGCCGGCGAGAUCCCCCCUUGUGUGUUUGAGCCCCCGUCCGGUUACACCAUGCUCGGAGGCAAACAGAGAGACACCAUGAGGGAGGAGGAGGAGGACCUGCUCCAGUUUGCCAUUCAACAGAGUCUGCUGGAGGCCGGCUCCGAAUACGAUCAGGUGACCAUCUGGGAGGCAUUGACCAAUAGCAAGCCUGGAACACACCCCCUCUCUUGUGAUCCAAGUCGCCUGGAGAGGAUCCCCCAAAUGAAACCUCGCUCCCCCUCCAGCCUCUCCUCAACCCCCUCCAAGAAGCAGCAGUCCACCAGCUGCAGCUACAACCAGCAGCUGCGCAUCGCCAUGGAGAUGUCUGCCCGGGAGCAGGAGGAAGCUGAGCUGAGGCGACGGAAGGAGGAGGAAGAGCUGCUGCACAUCAUCCAGCUGUCGCUCAUGGACAAGUGAGGUGUUUAAAAAAAAUCGUAAGCACAUUUGGAAAGGAUUGGAAGAAAAAACAAACGACAGUUGUGCUUUUGGAACAUUCAUAUUGAGCUUUCUAGUAAAGCCAUAUUGAAUGAUUGAUGAUAAUGAAUUUAAGAUGGUUGGCACUAGUCUUUCCUCUCUGCAUGGCACUUCUCCAGUGUCAGUUUUAAAAUACCACCCGAUACCGGUUUAGGCCUAAAUCACCUGGUGGAAGUAACGUGAAUGUUGAACCCUUUGCCCCAUUGUAUGCUAAUGAAAACAAAAGGAAAGUGAAAUUGUUCAGUGGUAGGUGUGUUUUUUUUUUUUUUACUUGCACAGAAAUCCAAAUGUACUGUAUUUACACUGUAGUUGGCUCACAAUGUGGAGUGCAGAUGUGGAGGUGACAAACUGGAGCACAAACGUCAUAAAAGGUGAAGAAAUGUCUGAGUGUAAAAAAAUGUACCCACAAUCUUCCACCAUGAAGCAUCUUGAACAUCAAAAAUGCUGAUGGGAUGUUUUAUGAAUGUAAUUCAAACUGAAAUGGCAGACCUACAGUUUUGAUACAGACACCAUAAUAUUUUAAGUAAUACUUUUCUCACCAAUAGCAGCACAACCUGAGGAAAGAUGCUCCUCUUUAAUUCACAAGUAUUCUUAUCGGCUUGAUGAGAAAGAUUUUUUUUAAUCACUUCAAAUGUUUUUAUGAGUAUGCUGGUCAAAUAAAGGAACGACUUUUAAAUAA